UGACCAAGCAGAAGCGAUAAGGUAGUUAAAAAUCUAAAACUGUCUCUUCCGUGUCUACGUUUUGUGACUUUUACAAGUUGUUUAGAUUUCCAAAAUGUCUUAUGCAUACCUUUUCAAGUACAUCAUUAUCGGUGACACAGGAGUUGGGAAAUCUUGUCUUCUUCUACAAUUUACAGACAAGCGAUUUCAGCCAGUCCAUGAUUUAACAAUAGGUGUUGAAUUUGGUGCUCGUAUGAUCACCAUCGACGGAAAACAGAUCAAGUUGCAGAUAUGGGACACUGCCGGGCAGGAAGCAUUUCGUUCUAUUACACGAUCAUAUUACCGUGGAGCAGCUGGAGCACUCUUGGUUUACGAUAUUACCCGCAGAGAGACAUUCAAUCACCUCACAACGUGGCUGGAGGACGCGAGGCAACAUUCCAAUUCUAAUAUGGUCAUAAUGUUGAUUGGUAAUAAGAGCGAUUUGGAUUCGCGAAGAGAAGUUCGAAGGGAAGAAGGUGAGGCUUUCGCUCGAGAACACGGUCUUGUUUUUAUGGAAACGAGUGCCAAGACUGCGGCAAAUGUAGAAGAAGCUUUCAUUAACACGGCCAAAGAAAUUUAUGAGAAGAUACAAGAGGGCGUCUUCGAUAUCAAUAACGAGGCAAAUGGAAUCAAAAUUGGGCCUCAACAUUCUCCAACCAGUCCUGGUGGAUUAUCAGGAACUGGCGGACAAGGUAAUGCACAAGGCGGUGGUUGUUGCUAGGGGCUGGGUAUUGGUUGUCCACCGAUUCAUCCUUCAAUAAUUUGAACUGAUCUAUCAUCCAAUUCCUGCUCUUCGUUUUAUCCCCGACCGCGUAAAUUAAAUUUGUACAUUUAAUUUGAUUCGUUCUGUUCCUGCGAAAAACGAACCACGAAGGAUGUAUUUAUUACUUAAUAGACGUUUACACUUAUUGCAUAGGUAUAUAUAUAUAUAUUACGAGUAUCAGACCAGAGUAUACAAUAAAGACUUAAUUUACAAAUUUAUAUAAUUACCGAUUAAAAAUGCUAGCUUUGCUCGAAACAAUUAGCUUCCUAAUGACUUUAGAGAUAUCGGCAUUCGACAAAGUUCACGCGGAAUCGUAAACUUGGCCGAAUUUUUAAAUCUGUAAACUGCUAGCGAGCAGGAAAUACUUGCUAUUAUGCAAUUUUUAGAUAAACAUUUUAGACUCUUUAAAUUGUAGAUUGGGUUCAAUUUCAUCUCUACCUUAAGACUUUAUUGCUCCCAGUUAGUGAUACGUGGAAUAAAAGAUUAGCGAUAGAUGGAACGCAUACUUAUAAUAUACAUAUUAUAUAUACUCAUGUAUAUUCCAUUUGUAUAUAAUUGUGCUGAAGUUUGAUUUUCUCACUUGAAAAACACGACGCCUGAUUGGACUGAUUUUCGAGCAGGGAUAUUAGUUCAAAUUUAUUCAUUAACUCAAGAUUAUGUAUAUGUAUGUACCAUUGUUGUACCUAAAUAACGAAUAUACAUAAAAAAAGGAUUUCCAGUCGAUCCGGUGUGGAAGCCUAAGUAACCGUAUGUACGCAAAGUUUAAAAUAAUUAAAUGAAAGGAUUUUCAUUGGGCAUGUGGUUAAGCUUCGUGGUGUUAGGCUUCCUUCAUUUCGAAUCAAAAGGUUGAGACUGUUACUUCUUUUCCUCUCUUCUCUUACGUAACGAACCCUUUUCUGAUAUUCUGGUUGUAUUUCGAAUAAAUUAUAAUUUAUUUAUACUUUAUGCCAUGCGAUUGGAUCUAAAAAAAAUUAAAUUGUUUUCCGACAAAAUACCUUUUACGAGUCAAUAAACGUGAUUUGUGUUUUGUAUGUUUGUGAAAUUGUUGAUGUACAUUUCUGUUUUACACGCGCAAUUUAAGAAUCUUGUAUCGUACUUGCCAACAAAAGUAUGAAGUUCCAAAUCAGUAGAAAUAAAUAGUUUAAUCAUUGAAAGUCGUCUUAAAUUAAAUACUAGAUAUGAUUUCUAUUUGGAAUAUUUAUCAUUAUGGAAUUAAGUGCUCAUUGAAACAUUAUACUUAUGUAAUUAGAGUGCGAUAUGGUCAGUAUCAUUUAGUUACUAGUCAAUGAAUAACAAAAAAAAAAGUGUUAUUCUUCAUUGCAGCAGAAACUUAUAUAUCAUGAAUUGUAUAAACUUUAGUAUCUAAUAUAAUAUAGAGCUCACGAACACAUGAUUUUUCACGUUUUGAUUACAAGAUUACGUAAUUAUGUGGCUGCAUUUCUUCGUAAAUCAGAUUUUUGAUCCUUUUUAUUCAAGGAAUCUCGAUCUUUAUGUUCAUCAGAAUGUCUUUCAUCGCUGAGUUUAUGUAAUUUUAAUAUUGAGCAAUAUAAAUUAGUUUUUGGC